CUUUUUGUGCCAUCAUUUCAUCUGACAUGGCCACCGCAUAGGAAUCUGGUGCCGCGGCGACCGUCAGCUCGGCAACGAGGACAAGGGAGACAGAGAGCUGGACAGAGGGACGUUCAGAGAAACGGAGCGAGGGAUGGCGGUGGAGGAGAAGCCGGGUGUGAAGAGCAGCAGCUCCAUCGUCCCCUGCUUCCUGUUUGUGGAGCUGGUGAUCAUGGCCGGGACGGUGCUGCUGGCGUACUACUUUGAGUACACGGACACGUUCCCCGUGCACGUCCAGGGCUUCUUCUGCUACGACAAGAGCUUCUCCAAGCCCUACCCGGGGCCCGACGACACCAGCAAGAUCCCCCCGGUGCUCAUCUACUCGCUCGUCACGGCCAUCCCCAGCCUCACGAUAGUCGUCGGCGAGCUGUGCGCCUUCUUCACCAAGGCCGAGGGAACCCAGGAGAGGACCAUCGUCACCGCAGACUGCUGCCACUUCAACCCCCUGCUGAGACGCGUCGUCCGCUUCCUCGGCGUCUACGCCUUCGGCCUGUUCACCACCACCAUCUUCGCCAACGCCGGCCAGGUGGUGACGGGGAACCAGACGCCCCACUUCCUGUCGGCCUGCCGGCCCAACUACACGGCGCUGGGCUGCCAGUCCACCAUGCAGUACAUCGCCGAGCGCCGCGCCUGCACGGGCAACCCGCUGGUCGUCAUGUCGGCGAGGAAGUCCUUCCCGUCCAAGGACGCGGCGCUGAGCGUCUACUCGGCCGUGUUCUCCGUGAUGUACGUGACGCUGGUGUUCAAGACCAAAGGCACGCGGCUCACCAAGCCCACCAUCAGCCUCACCCUGUUCUGCCUGGCCAUGCUGGUGGGCGUGGUCCGCGUGGCCGAGUACCGCAACCACUGGGCCGACGUGCUGGCGGGGUUCUUCACCGGGGCAGCCAUCGCUGUGUUUUUGGUGACCUGCGUGAUCAACAACUUCCAGCGGACGCUGCCGGGUCCUCCUCCGCCGCGCCCCCAGCGGCCCGAGUCCGUGCUGGGCAUGCCGAUGGUGACGCUGCCCUGCGUGGAGAGUCCACUCGAAAAGUUAAGUGGCCCUCAGACUCAGCGGGGAUCUCCGUUCACCGAGGUCACGUGACCAUCAGCCCUAUCGGUUCCCCGCCACCCCCGAUGUCCUCAUACCGUCUCGCUCCAUUUCCAGCGAAGUCUAGACCGGCCGGAGGAGCACUCGCCGCGCUGCGCCGCCCACCCGGCCGGGCGCCACGCGGCGCUGCACCGCGCCUACUCCACGCAGGUCUAGACGAUGGAGUGCACACACACACACACACACACACAGACACACACAGA